AUGUUUAAGGAACCGUUGGUCACUUUUGAUAGCUCACCAGAGCUCGUCGGGCUUGUUGGAGCGACGAUCCUCAUCGACUCCAACGAUUUCAAGGGAGUCCACCAUGCAGCUCGGAAUCUUGCUGAAGACUUUGGCCGAGUCACCAAGGGCGAUCCCAAUCCCUUCCAAGUCGUGGACGAUGGUCAGGCCGAAAUUCUUGAGCUCACGGGGUCAAGUGCCAUUAUUGUUGGAUCGAUUGAUUCGUGUUGGAUGUUGAAAGAGCUUGAGAACUCUGGAAAGCUGAAUACCAGUUCUAUUCGUGGAAAAUGGGAGUCUUUCAUCACCGCAGUCGUCGAGAGCCCCUUUCCUGGUUGUGAAAGGUCGCUGGUAAUUGCUGGAAGCGACAAGCGAGGUGCCAUUUUCGGCGCAUACACACUGUCAAGUCAGAUCGGAGUUUCUCCAUGGUAUUGGUGGGCAGAUGUUCCCCCAAAUUUCCACCCCGAUAUCUUUGCCCUUCCCAUCCACACCACCCAAGGCGAGCCAAGCAUUCAAUACCGUGGCAUAUUUAUCAAUGACGAGGCUCCAGCACUUACCGGAUGGGUUUUGGAGAAGUUCGGCGGGUACAAUUCGAAUUUUUACAAGACUGUCUACGAGUUGCUGCUUCGGCUUAAGGCAAACUUCAUGUGGCCCGCUAUGUGGCCUGGGUAUCCAAACCCGGGAGCAGUCUUCUUUCUCGACGAUCCGGAGAACCAACGCCUUGCGGACGAAUAUGGCAUCUGUAUCUCGACCUCCCAUCACGAACCAAUGCAGCGAGCUACGACAGAGUGGUUCGAAGAGGGUCGCUCGGAUGGCACGUGGAAUUGGACAACCCACAGAGAAGAAAUAAUCGAAUUCUUUCGCAAAGGGGUUACACGCGCAAAAGGUCUUGAAUCAUACUUCACAAUGGGAAUUAGAGGGGAAUACGACAAGGGCAUGGUUACAAAAGAUCCCGGUGCUGUUCUCCGAGAUGUGCUCGAACAACAACGGUCACUAUUUAAGAAGGUGCACGGGAGAGAGGACGCCGUUCCUCAGGUUCUCGCUCUAUACAAGGAAGUUCAGGACUUAUAUCAAGCAGGUGAAUUUAAGGUCCCCGAUGAUGUGACACUUUUGUUUGCGGACGACAACUUUGGAACCCUUCGACGUCUGCCUUCUGGAUCUGAGAAGUCAAGAGCUGGAGGUGCAGGAAUAUAUUAUCAUUUCGAAUAUGUCGGAGCGCCUCGAAGCUACAAGUGGAUCAACUCAAACUCACUGGGAAAAAUCUAUCAUCAAUUGAACGAGGCUCACGAGCGCAAUGCACGGAAAAUAUGGGUGUUCAACGUCGGCGACAUAAAGCCGAUCGAAGUGCCAUUGACAUUCGCAAUGUCGAUGGCGUGGAAUAUCAACUCCGUGCGUCGCGACAAAAUUCCUCAAUUCCUAGAGAAUUUUGCUACGGAUUGCUUCAGUGAGGAUUUGAGCAAAUCUAUUGUCCCUAUUUGGCAUGAGUACGAUCGUCUUGUCCGCCUCCGCAAACACGAGCACAUCGGCCCAGAAACGUUUUCUCUGCUUCACUAUAAUGAAGCUGGCGACAUUUCGGCACGGUGGCAAGAGCUAGAGUCAGCCUCAGAAAGUCUUUAUAAAAUAGUUUCGGAAGAGCAUAAGGCGGCAAUUUGGGAACUUGUGGUUCAUCCUGUCAAAGCCAGCUCUAUCUUCACCCAGCUGCGUGUCGUCCAAGCCCGUAACCAGCUCCACGCCCGCCAGCGACGCAACACAGCCAAUAAACUUCUGCGACAAGCAUUGGACCUUUUUGAUGCAGAUUUCAUUCUAUCCCAGGAAUUUCACUCUCUUCUAGAUGGAAAGUGGAAUCAUAUGAUGUGCCAAGCGCAUAUGGGCUAUGGUGAUACCUGGCACGCUCCAUCUCGCGAUGCUAUUUUCGGUUUAGCAUACGUACAGCGUGGUCAAAACAGCAACAUCAUUGUCGGUCAGAUGGGAGUAGCCGUGGAGGGACAUGAAGGCAUUCGGCCUGGACGAAUUAACGAAGAGAGCGAACGCACGCAUCCUAGUCGGCGCGAUCUAGUUCCGGGUCUUACUCUUCCCCCGAUGAGCCGAUAUGGACCCACAAAAGGGUGGUUCGACAUAUUCACUCGAGGCACGCAAACUAUUCACUGGAGCUGCUCAGUGCCGUACACCUGGGUUCAUCUUUCGCAAAUUGAUGGAGUCCUCAACCCCGACGGUGACGACUACCGCAUCUCGAUUACGAUUGAUUGGGAGCAAGUACCAACCGAAUUCGAUGAUGAGGUCUUGAUCAGCGUGUCAUCAAAAGAAGGAGAUUUUGAACAUGUUCACAUUCCAAUUCAUGGUUGGCUGGUGCCAGAAUAUUUCCACGGCUUUGUUGAAUCAGAUGGCUGCAUCUCAAUUCCUGCUUCGAGCUCGGGAAUCAAGGAUCCAUACCAACACCACCCAGAGCUCGGUCGAGGGAAUGAAGGAGCUGUCACAAUUGGCAAUUCAGCUUCAAUCGAUGACAACAUUCCCUUUCUCGAGUAUCCAAUUUUUAUCUUCUCGCGUUCCACGAAAGCCACCCUUACUCUUUAUUUCAACAUGACCCUUGAGAUCGACCCGGCUCGCCGAAUGUCUUACGAUAUUGGCAUCGACAAUCAACAAACUAAAUCACAUUUUCUUCUUCCGGACUUCCCGGUACCGAAUAAAUUGCCGGCCGAGGGUUGGCUUGACUCUGUCAUGGAUUGUGUCUGGCGAAGGAACCAUGAUGUUCAAAAUCUGGAGAGUGGGAGCCACAUCCUGCGCUUGCGAUUGAAUCACCCGAACCUUCUAUUAGAGAAAGUCGUGCUGGAUCUUGGGGGAGUUCGGGAAAGUUAUCUUGGACCACCGCCUAGUUUCGCUAUUUAG